AUGGCUGCCCCUACAGAAGAACCCGCCAGCAUGCAAAAAGCGCUGGACGACCUCAUCUACACAGCUACUCAGGCCUGUCGACAAAGCGAGGAAAUAGCGGUCCAAGCCUCUCAGAAUGAAGCACAAGCACAAAAAGUUGUAUCUGCGAUCAGCCAGACACGAUCAGAGCUUAGAGAGGUCCAAACCACCGUUAACCUGAUGAACGCGAAACUCACUCAGCUGGACCCAAAGCCCGAGGAUCUGGAGACUGAGCCUAAGCAGUGGCCUGCAAACGCUGGUGAUCUCGCGGCUUCAACCAUGAGUUUGAACGCGGUGAGCAAGGAUCUGUUGGCCCUGGUGACUCGGAUGAAGUCAGAUGUCAAAGUACCAGCAGCUGCGGAGGACGAUGUUCAGGAACAUGCUGAGCUGCACGAUGGUCAAGAAGUUGCAGCCCCAGCUGUCGAGGAAGACAGUGAUGUGCUCGCCACCCGUCCGAAGUUGAAGAAAUCAAUACACAAGAAGCGCGCUAUGACCAUUCAACCCCACGAGGUCGCGGCCGAGUCUGGCAUGAGUCGAUCUCACGGGCCGUCAUCGAAGAAGCUCAAGCUUACCAUCCGUCCUGAGCGGGCGCAACGCUGA